GAAAAGUAGGCUAUCAUCUUUCUUUACAUAGAACAUAGCAUGUAAAGCUAAUAUCAAUCAAUAGUCGACUACUGCACGCGACCGCCGGAAGUUCGCUGGCUGCCAUGUCAGGGAGGCUUUAGCCAACUCCUACUUUUUUCUUUCCUAAUAGCGUCCAGCUGAUUAGUUGGCAGCUGCUAAGUGAGAAGAGGCUGUCCUGCCUCCAUCGUUUUCACAUUCGGACUGCUUCUGCUCCAGACCGGUUCGAUACACACACACACACACACACACACACACACACAGUGAUGAAGAACCGGACGAGUGAAGAGCGACUUCUGGCUUCCCAGGAGAACCGUGUGGGUUUUCUGUGCGACUCACGGAGCUCAGCGACACACUGAAAGCCUUUACACGGUCUUUCUCUAUGAAGUACAGAACCACAGACACAGCGCAAUAUGAGAAAGCCGAAAAUCAACCGCAUGGUGCUUGCUAUGUGCCUGGGGUCCUUCAUUAUGCUUAUAUUUUAUUUUCAGAGUCACUUGAAACUAGCACAGGACAGUGGGGAGGCCGGAGGAGGCAGGAAGUCAGUGAGGAGUCCACUCCAAGCUCUUUAUACUACUGACGCUACAGAACUGUCUCCACUUCAACUGAUGCAUCAAAGUCGACGUGACCUCCUGGAGGAUGUGUGCCACUCUUACACUCAUAAACGUCGUGUCCUGAUCCCAGAGGACCUCAAGCACCUGAUCGUGGAUGAUCGCCAAGGCCUGCUUUACUGCUACGUGCCCAAAGUCGCUUGCACAAACUGGAAGCGCGUUCUGAUGGUCCUGACAGGCGACACGCAAAGAGACCCCCUUCAGAUUCCAGCCAAUAUGGCACAUGUUCCAGGCACCCUGCGCACUCUGUCUGAGUAUUCUACCUCUGAAAUCAACCAGCGUCUACGCACCUACCUAAAGUUUGUCUUUGUGCGUGAACCCUUUGAGCGCCUUGUUUCAGCAUACCGCAACAAGUUCACACGCAGCUACAACACAGCCUUUCACAAGCGUUACGGCACCAAGAUAAUCCAGCGGCACCGCGCCGAGGCAAGUCCUGAGGCACUAGAGCGUGGAGACGACGUGUCAUUCUCUGAGUUUGUGCGCUACCUGGUGGACCCAGGCACGCAGAAUGAAGAGCCUUUUAACGAGCAUUGGGAGCGCGUACACUCUCUGUGUCACCCCUGCCUCAUACACUACAACAUUCUAGGCAAGUACGAGACGCUGCAGCAGGACUCCAGCUACGUGCUCAAACUGGCUGGUGUGGACGACAAAGUCACAUUUCCCAGCUCGACCAAAAGUACACGCACCACAGCAGACAUGGUCGCCAGCUACUUUAAGGAUAUCAGCACGGCGUAUCAGAAAAAGCUGUACAACCUGUACAAGAUGGACUUUCUGCUUUUUAAUUAUUCCAUGCCUGUCUACCUGAAGUUCAAAUAAGGCCUGGUGCCUUUUACUACUAUUUACAGAAAAGAGUUUUAUUUUUGUUCGCACAAGUUCAUCUGUGAGUACUAAAACCUUCACUGGUUACUAUAUGGUCCUUUGGACCCUGAAUGCAAUGCAGUGGAACUGCAGUUAUCAAUUUGCACGAAGAGCAGUUCUAUUUGAACGAUCUGGAAGUGCUUGCUCUCUCAAGCUGGGGUUUCAUCUCUGCUCGUCUCUUCAGCUUUUUUUUGCCUUUCAGUUUAAUUAAGGUUAAAGUGAGAGAACACAUUACAGUGUUGCCGUUUGAGUUGUAGAGAAAACAGGAUUCAUGUAGGGCAUCUUUCAGGAUGAUGUCUCAGAAGUCUGCUGUCUGUACCUUCUUAUUUCCUAAUGAAUACUGACUUGGCCUUCCCAGGUGUCUGUCCUCUGUGGAGAAUUUGAUGGAAGCAUACCAAGUGAGCUGGAGGUGAUGCAUAACAUGUUACUGAUCUUGUGCCUUGAGGACGAGGAUUGUAAGGAAUCAGAAACAUUGAGGGAGAACCGUCACUGUUUGCCAGAACAGUAUUAGAAACGUGUCUUAUUCACUUUGAUACAAAGCAUGAAAUUUACAGUUAUUUAUUACGGCAUUUAAUGGUGGAGAAUCUCUCCACUUCACGCAGUUUAGACUCUGCAUUCGACAGGUCUGUUAUUACAGAUGCUAUUACAGAUGCUCAAAUAAAGCAGAAAAUCGGACCUCACUUUUCCCCACCUUUGGAACUGAACCGUUUGUGUGUGUGUUUCUAUGAUGUGUUUUAUGGAAAUAUUUACAUAUCAAAUACAUAGACAAGUUUUAUGCAGAUUAGUUACACUUCAGCAAAUCAAAAAAUCUUAAUAUAUACAAGAUAUUAGACAAUAAAAUGAAUUUUUCAGGAGCAGGAUGCAGAUUGGUGCAGCUUGUAUUGUCUAUAGGUCUGGACUUCAAUCCCAAACUACUUCUGCCUGGGUGAUGUUUAACAUGUAUUUUUGUGCACUCUAUUUUUGGGCACUCUAUUUUUCUCCCUCCACCCAAAAACACACCAGCAGAUGAAUUGGCUACUUUAAAUUGCCCCAAGGUGUGAGUGUUUGUCCUGUACAGGGUUUAUUUUACCUUGCACCCAGUGUUUUCAGGAAUAUGCACUAGAUCCUCCAGUUGGAGAUAAUAAUUAUACACUAAUACAAUGGAUCAGUUGCUCUAAAUUACAGAAGGAUCAGGACUUUUUAGGAGUUUUAAUGGACUUGACUGUGAAUACAGCUAUGUGCAAUCUAUUUGUAACCUGAGGCAGAUACCAGGCUUGAUGAGAAAAUUGAAAUUCAGCAAUGCAAAACAUAUCAGUCCAGCUGUUGGCCAUGAUUCAUAGGAUUUUCCAAAGCCUGCUGAGAGCAAGAUUAGUCUGAAUACCAUUUCAGUACACUUAAGACUUUUAAGACAGCUUUUAUUGGAUGGCUACAGUGUAAGGCUCUGUUUUUUGAAACUGUGGAAGACAUUGCAGCAUAAAGGCAAAGAAAUUUAAGUAUAAAAUAUGCAACAAUAUCAUUUCUUUUGCAUAGUCUAUCACAGGAAACCUAAAUUGUACAAUUAAUAAACAUAGAAGUAGCUCAGGUUUUUUAAUUCACAAGAUGAAUACUAAAGGCCACAUUCAUUACAAACAUCUGUAUAAUGUAAAACAUUGCUCUUUCUAAUCAUGAAGUCUACAUCCUCAAGACAAUAUAGUGUUAUGUUCUAGAUUAGAACUGGUACAACACAGAAUAUAGCAUCUAUGUGCCAGAUUACAUGUUAUUGUCAUGUUAAUAACACCAUAUGAUGCAUUUAUUGCCUUCAUUGGUGAGGUGAAAGAACUUUCUUACUUUUGGGAUUCGUUUGCAAUAAAUGGCCUUCAUAAAAAUUACAGUCACAUGACAAUAAUACACCAUCAUCCAUAAAUUAUAGAACAUGAACAAUGUUUCUUCUCACUGGAUCUAAUAAAGGAAACAAUGUUGAAGAAGGUAAAGUACAGACAUUCUGUUGUAGGUAGAUCUCAAUCUUAUUGCAACCUUUUGCAGAGUUCGUUAACUGUAAAAUCAAAACCAUG